UAAAACUCACUCUAGUACACAAUCUAGUUCGAUAAACACCUAACACACUUUAGUUCAUAAAAUACCUAUUUUCUCAAAGAACAGUGCAUCCAUUCAGGGACAAAGAUGCUCAUUCCAGAGGUGGACAUGUGGAAUGUGUCCAAGAGUAGCCGGAUACAUCGCCUUUCCAUCUUCAAUUGCGAUAAGCCUGGACUGAAAGUGUUGGACUACUCCGCCGUGCGGGGAGUGGAUAGGUUCUACUUGGAGUGCCAGGACUACAGGGAUUACUUCAAAGAUCCCUAUAACCGAGUCCACAAGCCGAAGAGGUUCACAACGUAUGCAGGCAGGUGCGACGCCAAGUUGGAUACCGAAGUCGAGUUCCUGUCAAUGCCGACCUCGUGGCGUACUGAUCGCCAGCCCAUCAUCUAUCCCAUCGGCUUUUUACUUUAUAUUCUGAUAUAUCUCAGUAUGCGGUCCAAGGAAAAUCCCUGACUCUGGCUUGAAAUCUAUAUUUUAUAUUAUACCUAUACUUUCAAAUAACAUCGAGCUGGUGUCACUGUGGCACACAGCCCGUGGCAAAAAGGUCUUUCUCCCUGUCAAAUCCAGCCACUUUCACUUAGCCUACGCCAA